CACUCAACGGUCACUUUUUCCUUUCUCUUUCCACAUCCCGCUCUCCUUUUCCUCAUGAACGGAAGCCAAUCCGCCUCCCGCGCGCGCGGCCGUGCGCCACGCGGCCGUGGCCGUACUCCCGGUCAACCCUCCUCCUCUUUCUACGUUCCGGGAAACCCUAAUUCUAGCUUCCAAAAUCCUCACUUUCAUAACCCCUCUUUCUCUAAUCCUUCUCGCUUUAUAUCCCGGGAAAUGGUUGAGGCCGCCGUCAGCAAGGCCCAAAGAGACCUCCUUUCCGUCGGAGAGAACGUCUCGGUGUGGAAGGUCUCCCAAUCCGCAGCCCUUACUCUCCAAGUCAGUUCGUGGGAUUCCAUAGGGUUUCGAUUCCAUGACAUUCCUUAUCUCCGUGACCUUCAUUUCGUAGAGGGGAAGGUGAACGCGUUUAUACACAGCUUUGUUAGUGUUCGGAGGAUGACAUCGGUAUAUGAAUUAGGAUUAGAGAUAUGUAAGAGUGAGGGGGUAGCAGAGUUCGGGGAGUUUGGGCUUGGGCCUCUUCUCAGACAUACUCUUGUCCGUCAGUACUUUUUGAUUCCUCCUGAUUUGAAGGAAGUGUGCAGCAUCACGAUUGAUGACUUGAUAUCCAGUUUAUCCGUCUUUCUCUACAAGGUUAAGAACAAGGAGUUUACAGUGGAGGAGUUCCUUGAUUAUCUCAUGAAGAAGUAUUCUGUUCCGGCAAGGGAGAAUCUUGGAGUUAGAAUUCAGAGCAUGGGGUUGUAUAUAAAAUUCAUAAAGGGUGCUAGGAGGGCUGAGUCAGCUGCUCUUAGAUCAAUCCAGGAAAGAGAUUUACUAAAAGAACAACGUGAGACACAAACACAUUUAGUGUUCAAUGAUCAUCUAGAUGAGACUAGUAAAGAGGCCAGCUCCUCGAAUGUUUGUAACAUUAAGUUUUCCUCUGCCAUAAGGUGUUGUGAAUGUUGUCCAGCACUGAAGAGAAAGAACAAAAAACAUGCUGGUUGUAAAUGCAACGGUUCACUUUUUGUUGAUGAAUUGAAGUUGAUUGGUAUAAAACUUGCUAUGUUUAACCAUGGAAAUAGUAGAAAUUUGUCAACUGGUAAUGAAGAGAAACCUGAGAGUUAUGAUGCCGCCGCCUAUGAGAUAAUGAAGAUUGAUCCUACGAAGGCGAACCAGCUUGUUCUUUCAACUAAGCAAAUUGAUAGUUUUGUUGCCACUUGGAAAGGGGCUUGUCAGAAGCAUUCAGCCGAUGAGGUUCUGGCUAUGAUGCUCAAUGUCUAUAAGUGUUCUGAUAAGCAAAAAAGGAAGAUGCAAAGACUGUUCUUUCUAUAUCCUGCUGUUGGUUUACUGAAUAUGGCUGUAAGAGUUCUCCAAGGCGAAAGCUUGGAUGUUCUUGAUGCAUCUCCUAAGCAUUCAUCUAUUUAUCAAACCUCUUCCUCACAUUUGGAGCUGUCCAAAAAUGAAUCAUCAGACAGUGAUCCCAUGUCCGAUGAUGAGAUAUGUGUCGAGAAUGCUGAUAAGAAUGUUACUCUUGGGGAUAUUGUUAAGCAGGUUGGCUGCUACUUCAAAAUUGACACUAAUUCUAGAAGAAAAGAUCCGUCUCUGGAAAAACAACUUAUACUUCGUGAUUGUGAGGAUUGGUUGAAGCGGCAGUUUUUGGUGGAAAGAUUUGAAUGCCUUGGUCAUGGAAAUUUCUUUGAUUUUCUAGAGAAACAGGCAUCUGCUUUUCCGAGUGAAGUUAAUGAUCUAUUGAAUAGAAUCUUUGGUUAUCAGCAUUCCAUCGAGAUUUUCAUGUCUCAACAACAAUUCUUAGUGGUACUCUCUCAAGCUGCAAGAAACUUCAGCAAGAGUAGUAAGCUAACUGAUGAACAUAUUUCCAUGAUUCUGAGGAAACAAUUUCCAGUAGUUGCUUUACAUAUGACAAAAAGUGGCUGUAUUGAAAGUUUAAAUCUUAUUCAUAGUCAAAGGCUUCCUGAUGUUUCCGUUUCCGUUACAUUCUCGGUGAGCUUACUUGGUGAUUGCUGUGGUAAAAGUUCACUAUCGCUUGAAGAAAAUGUUUCUAGAGAACUGCCUGGUAAGUCCCUUGGCAGGGGUGAAUUUACUGGCAUUAUUGGAUCUGUUUCCACCGAAGAUGCAAUCAAAUGCUUGCUCAGAGCACCAAUGUUAUCUGAUUUAAAGCUGUGGUCACACUGGGAUUUUGUUUUUGGGCCCUCACUUGGGCCUCUGUUGGACUGGCUACUAGAUUUGGGUUUCAUUAAGGAAUUAUCAUGUAUCGUGACGACUGAUUCAAGGAUUAUUCGUAUCGAUCAUUCCGCCACAAUUGAUGGAUUUUUGGAAGCUUUGGCUCAAGCUUCACCAUUCCAUACAGCAGUGCAGUUGUUAUCUUUGUUUCAUGUGUACGGAGGAUCUAAAAGUAUACCAGUAUCACUACUAAGAUGCUAUGCCCAGUGCGGAAUUGAUGCCAUUAUUAAAUGUUGCAUGGGUGAUUUGCAAGUGAAUGCUCAUGCAACCUUAUUUUUACGUAAAGGCUCUGUUCAAGGACAAAGUACGAACAGCUCUUUUGAUGGCUGUAGAACAGCCACAGGAAGUACAAAUGGGGCACAUUCGAUUGUAUCAUUAUUCAUCCUUGAUUGUCUGGGGUAUCUACCUUCAGAAUUCCACAGUUUUACUGCUGAUGUUUUAAUUUCUGCGUUUCAAUUUUUCACUAGAGAUGCUGCUGCGAUCAUCUUAAAAGAAUGUAGAGGGGUCGAAGAAUGCUUCAUGCUUCAUGAAAUUGGAUUUUCUCUCGGGAUUGUGGAGUGGAUUGAAGACUACAAACAAUAUAGUGCAGCAGCUACUGUUAGCACGUUUGAACCAUCUGGUACUCAGAGCACAUUAUUCAACCAAUGUUCUACUAGUUACAACAAAAAUUUGCCAGGCAUCCCCAGAAAUACUUAUUCUGAAGAUGGUGAAAUUGAAGACCGCCAUGAGGUCCGUACUGAAGUGACAGCUUCCCAUAAGGAUUCUGUUUGUGGUUUAGAUAAAUGUUGUACUGAAAUGUCAUGUGAUAAACCGCAAGUGAUCCAUGGCUCUGCAAGUUCUGGCGACUUUAGAAUGCAGGAUGCAGCUGUCUUUAUCGAAACAAUUAGGCGCGAAGAAUUUGGCUUAAAUUCAGCUCUUGGAACUGCUGAAAGAAACUUGUUGAAGAAACAGCAUGCUCGUCUAGGAAGAGCCCUUCAAUGCCUUUCUCAGGAGCUUUAUUCUCAAGAUUCACACUUUAUAUUGGAAUUGGUAAGUUCUGUCGUCUUUUUCACUUGCUAUAGUAGGACACUUGCCUAUGUUUUGGGCAGAUGAGAUUGUCCUUAUAUUUUCUUUGUUCAUGUUAUUCUUUGUUUAUUUCAA